CUCUUAAUUAGUGUUACUAAAGAGUAGGGAGAGUUUGCAGUAACAUGCGAUUGAUGUAUUAACACCUUACAGAUGAUGCUUUCACCCUGCUCACUUUUAUAGGUGUAUUCACUUGUAUCUUCACUUUGGACUUCACUUUGGACUUCACUUUGGACUUCACUUUGGACUUCACUUUGGACUUCACCUCAGACUUCACCUUAGACUUCACCUUAGACUUCACUUUAGACUUCACUUUAGACUUCACUUUGAAACUCACUCUCAUCUUCACCUCAAACUUCACCCUCACUUUCACUUCUAUCAAUGAGUCAGCCUUAGUCACUAGGAGUAGAAAACUUUCCCCAGCAGCUAUACAAACAGCUGCUUCUCUACUCCCUUGCUAUCGUUUCUCCACGCACAACUUCGAACCUUUCAACCAGAUCACCAAAUCCAACCAUGCCUCCCCAGCCUCAACCCCAGCUGACUAUAGGCGACUGGGUCCAGGGUCCUACCGCUACUGUUCAAGUUGGAUCUGAUCAUCAAGCGUAUCAGGUUCACAGAGACUUGCUCACCCACCACUCAGAGUACUUCGUCACGGCAUUCAAUGGCCACUGGCGGGAGUCCAACGGAACUGUAGUCAUGGACGACGUCGACCCGAGCGUCUUCAACGUCUUCGUUCACUGGCUGUACGCGCAGGACCUCCCAAACGAUGAGGAAGAAUGGAUCCGCGUCGCUGUCCUACCUCACAAUGGCAACCCUCCCAUGUCGGCACUCGAGGCCUGCGCAUUCGGCGACAGGAUCCUCGCACCUAAAUUUUUCGAAGCGGCCUGGAAUGCCUAUGUCAACAUGACGUGGGAAUCGGAUGUCGGAACAUCGUACGAGGAGGUUCGAUUCGUCUCCGAUAACCUCCCCGCGAAGGAUUUCCUCAUGCAAUACCUUGUCUUGGAUCAAUGCCGCAAAUGGUACCACACCACCACCACCGAAAAUCUGCGAUUCGAGGAUCUGGCGCGGGAGAACCUUCCGAAUGAGUUCAUGGCACGAUGA